AUGCCAGCCAGAGGUGACCCUGAGAUCCAACUGGCCAAGCUGAUCCUGGAUCCUACACACCAGCCAGAUCUGACCCUGAGCCCCAGGCUAGCUGAGUUGACCCUGGGUUCUGCAUGCCAUCCAGAGAUGACCCUCAGUCCUGGCUCAACUGAGCUGACCCUGGAUCCCGCACGCCAGCCAGAGGAGACCCCAGCCCCCAACCUGGCUGAGCUGACCCUGGAGCCUGUGCACUGCCGACCUGAGCUCCUGGAUGCCUGUGCCGACCUCAUCAAUGAGCAGUGGCCCCGCAGCCGCGCCUCCCGCCUGCACUCCUUGGGCCAGUCCUCAGAUGCCUUCCCCCUCUGCUUGAUGCUGCUGAGCCCCCGUCCCACGCCGGAGGCAGACCCCAUUGUGGUGGGCCAUGCCCGCCUGUCACGGGUGCUGGACCGGCCCCAGAGCCUCCUAGUGGAGACGGUGGUGGUGGCCCGAGCCUUGAGGGGCCGUGGCUUUGGCCGCUGCCUCAUGGAGGGCCUUGAAGCCUUUGCUCAGGCCCGGGGCUUCCGCCGGCUACACCUCACCACCCAUGACCAAAUGCACUUUUACGCCCACCUGGGAUACCAGCUGGGUGAGCCUGUGCAGGGCCUGGUCUUCACCAGUUGGUGGCUGCCUGCCACCCUGCUCAGUGCCUUCCCCAGGGCCUCCUUUCCCCGGCCACCCUGCAGGGCCCCUAGCCUGACUGCCCAAGCUGCCCCAAGAGCCCCCAAGGGGUCAUCAUUACCGCCACCCCCACCCCUGCCUGAGCCCUUGACCACCCUACCCCCACCUCCAGGAGGGCCCCCUCCAGAAAGCCUGCUGGAGACUCAAUACCAAGACCUGAGAAGACGCCCCAUAUUCUGGAUGGAGAAAGACAUCUGAGGGCUUACCCAGGGCAAGAUGCUGUCUUUCUGGGUCAGUUGACUGCCCAGGACAGUACCAGCCUCAGCCCACUGGCCAUCCCUCAGCUUCUAUCCCCCGAGGGCAGCUUCAGCCUAGGCAUGUUUCCUGAGUGCCAGUGGAGAUGGCGCCAUGGCUGUGGCUCAGAGCUCUCAGUGUGGCUGAAUAAAGGCUUCUGUUGGG